GCACCACAUUCCCCACGUCCUAGCGCUUUCGUAGCGAGCACAAACCAUGCCAGAAAACACAACCGCGUAAGUCAAUAUGGCGGACGCUGACCAAAUAAGCCUCGUCGUUUCAUGGCCAUUUCAAACCUUGCUCAAAAUGAGGGCAAUGCAUGAAUGUGGUAUUCAACUGCAAUUGAUUCCUUUUGGAGUCAGCAAUCCAUCUCAAUCUAUGUAAUCGUUAUUCAUUCGAUGACCUAUAAGUUGGCAGCCGUACCCAAACGCGUCGCCCCUUAGGGCGAUUUUCGCAUACAACACUUAAGCACUUCCGCUCCGAGAAUGGCCGACGAGACUUCUCUAAACACUACAGUGAUACAAUCCUAUGACCCGCUUUGUACGACGAUAAUCGACAAAUCGUCAAGUGUGCAUCUGUACACAUUUCAUGCUCAAAACAACUCUUGGGUGAAAACAAAAAUUGGAGGAGUACUCUUUUUAUACAAAAGAUCCAAGUUGCCCUUUCAUUCUUUUAUGAUUUUGAAUCGAAAGAGUCCCAACGUUAACCAGAUGGAAUUUAUCAACUCGUCCUUGCAAAUCCAGUUGCAUUCCCCAUUCAUGCUGUACAAAACGAGCACUGGUAUAUUUUCAUUGUGGUUUUUCUCACCGGAGGAUUGCUUACGCAUCUCUGAACGCAUUGGCCACUUACCUUCUUCGUCCUUGGUGCGCCUGGUGGACUAAAACCACAGUAGUCAGUUGAUGUUGUGAGGUGGUAUGAUGAAGCCAUCCGAACAACUGCAUCGGAUUUAUCACCCUCGUCAUACAUGCGGGCUUUGGAAUUGUCAACAUCCGGGGUUAGAAAUCUCAUGCGAAAUGGAUGAAUUGGUAUCAGCAUUACUGGGCGCCUGAUACUUAUGCUUCUCUGUCAUGCAAUCGCUAGCGGUUGUGCGCAUACUGGGUUGCUGCUAGCGUUCCAAUAUCCAG